AUGCCCCUGAUCGCACAAAACCCCCAGCCGAGAGUGAUUCUCGGGCUGAUGACCUUUGGCCCAGACGAGUCCAAGGGUGCUAGGAUUACCUCGCUGGAUGAGUUUAACAAAUGCCUGGAUUACUUCCAGCAGCAAGGUUUCAAUGAAGUUGAUACCGCUCGUGUCUACAUCGGCGGAGAACAGGAAGCAUUCACAGCCAAGGCGAACUGGAAGUCGCGUGGACUGACCCUGGCCACAAAAUGGUACCCAAAUCAGCCCGGGUUUCACAAACCGGAGGUAGUCCGUGAGAAAUUGGAGCUUUCUCUAAAGGAGUUACAAACCGACGUGGUUGAUAUCUUCUAUCUGCAUGCCGCAGAUCGCGCCACCCCAUUUGCUGAAACUCUGGAAGCUGUUAACCAGCUGCACAAGGAGGGAAAGUUCGUACAGCUCGGUCUGAGCAACUUUACAGCCUUUGAAGUGGCCGAAAUCUGCAUCCUUUGCGCUGAGAGGGGAUGGGUGCGUCCCACCAUUUACCAAGCCAUGUAUAACGCAAUUACACGUAACAUCGAAACUGAACUCGUUCCCGCAUGCCACCGGUACGGUCUCGAUAUCGUCAUCUACAACCCGCUGGCCGGUGGUCUUUUCUCCGGAAAAUACAAGACCAAAGAUAUCCCUGCUGAAGGUAGAUACAGCGACUCGAGCGCUGCUGGACUCAAUUAUCGCAAACGUUACUUCAGGGAUGCCACCUUCGAAGCUUUGAGUAUCAUUGAGCCUGUAGUAGAGAAACACGGUCUCACAAUGCUGGAGACAGCUCUACGCUGGGUCCGCCAUCACUCAGCUUUGAGAAUGGACAAUGGGGGUCGUGAUGGUGUCUUGGUGGGAGUCAGCAGCUUCGCUCAGCUGGAGACUAACCUUGCAGACCUCCAGAAGGGCCCACUUCCAGAAGAGGUCGUGCAGGCUUUGGACCAGGCUUGGCUGGUUGCCAAGGCCACUUCUCCCAAUUAUUGGCACCUGGAUCUGAAGUAUACUUAUGAUACUCAGAAGGCAGUGUUUGGGCCUAAAUAG